AGCCUGAGAAUGACCAAAACUUGCAGAAUUGCUAAAUAUAUAAUAUCUUUCAACGUGUCUGUUGACAUAGUCCGUCCUCGCCGAUGUUUUUUCGUAUCUGAAUUUUCUUUGAUUAUUUUGAAGGUUUGUCUGUGUGCUGAAUAUUCAGCAGUAAAGAUGGAGGAAUACGAGUAUUUGUCUGGUUUUGGAAAUGAAUUUUCUUCUGGCUUUAAAAAUGCUCUCCCUAAAGGACAAAAUAAUCCACAACAAUGUCCUUAUGGUUUAUAUGCGGAGCAACUUUCUGGAUCGUCUUUCACAUCACCCAGGGAAACAAAUAAACGAACCUGGUUCUAUCGUAUACGACCAUCAGUUGUUCACGAACCAUUUAAACCAUUUGAUGUUGAUUAUUUUACAAAUAACUGGAAUGACUACCUACCCAAUCCCAAUCAGUUCAGAUGGAAGCCAUUUGAUUUGCCAGAUAAAGAAAGCAAAGUUGAUUUUGUUCAGGGAUUGAGAACUAUAUGUGGUGCUGGGGAUUCAAGAGUACGAAAUGGUGCUGCUAUCCAUAUAUAUUCCUGUAAUACAUCAAUGAAUGAGACAUGUUUUUACAAUUCUGAUGGAGAUUUUCUUAUUGUUCCACAAAAAGGAUGUUUAGACAUUAUUACAGAAUUUGGGAAGUUUCUGGUAAAACCUCAUGAAAUAUGUGUUAUACAGCAAGGAAUGAGGUUCAGUGUUCAUAUUUCAGAACCUUCCCGUGGAUACAUUCUUGAAGUAUUCGACGGCCAUUUUGUUUUACCAAAUUUGGGACCUAUAGGUGCUAAUGGUCUGGCAAACCCACGUGACUUUUUGACCCCAGUGGCGUGUUUUGAGGAUGCGCGCGCACACAGUGGUUUUACUGUCAUUAAUAAGUAUCAAGGAUCUUUAUUUUCCGCCAAACAGACUCAUUCACCGUACGAUGUCGUGGCCUGGUUUGGUAAUUAUGUACCGUAUAAGUACAAUCUUUCUACGUUUAUGGUCAUCAAUGCCGUUGCGUUUGAUCAUGCUGAUCCCUCCAUUUUUACUGUCUUGACGUGUCCUAGUACCAUGCCAGGAGUGGCUAUCGCUGAUUUUGUAAUUUUUCCACCUCGAUGGAGUGUUAGUGAACAUACAUUUCGACCUCCAUACUAUCACAGAAAUUGCAUGAGUGAGUUUAUGGGACUUAUUUACGGCAAUUACGAAGCAAAGGAAGAAGGUUUUGCUCCUGGAGGCGCAAGUUUACACAGUAUGAUGACACCACACGGUCCAGAUAAACAAUGUUUUGAUAAAGCAUCUACUGUUAAAGAUUUAAAACCUCAAAGAGUUGCUGAUGGCACAAUGGCGUUUAUGUUUGAGUCUUGUCUCAGUUUGGCAGUUACUAAGUGGGCAGCUGAAACCUCAGAAAAGCUUGACAAUAGUUAUUACAAGGUCUGGUCUGAUAUUUCAAGUCACUUCGAUCCAGAAUGGAAAAUGGAUAAGUCUUAAAUGAUACGUAAUUUGGACUACGAUAGUCUAUAAAAUUGACAUAAUAUACUCGAUAAAUAUAUAUAAUUAUAAUAUUCUUAACUGCAUAAAUCAGGUUAUUCUCA